GCACACAUUUACUAGGAAACCUUAGAGGGAGUAGCCCCCUUCAGUGGCAUAUCAACUAGUGUGUGUGUGAUUGUUAAAGCGAGCAUCAAGCAUUAUAUCUCCCACUUUGUGACAGAAAAAAAAUUUGAGAAGACACCAUGUCAAUUUCAAUUUCCCCCUGACCACCAUAUUAGGUAAAUCUCUGGCAUGUUUUUGUUGUGAGUUUGUGUCAUUGUAUGUCGUACCUCAAACGUUUAAAAGAGGAAGUCUUUAUUAGCUUGCAAAUGAACACUAGCUGACUGAAAAUGAUUAUUGGGAUGACAACACAUCAUUGAAGAACAGCAGGGAGCCCUUCGGAGAAAUGUUGCGAGUCUGUUCACCAACGUUUAACGUACAGGAAACAAGGAGGAAAGAAGAUCAAGUGUAUGCCACCUCCGGGUGAUGUAAUGUUAGCCUGGUGCAUGCAACAUAAAAACAGGACCCUGAUUUCGCCACCUAUGCGAGUGCUGCUUUUUAGUUUCUCAAUUGUGUGUUGAUGCACAGAAGAUGAGCGCGCUCUGAAGCCACGCACUUCCCGUACCAACAGACCAGUGCAUAAAGCAACUAGUUUCCUGACUGUACCUCUCAGAACACCGCAACUGCCAAACCACACGUGUCAGUGUACCCAUGUGCCCAGUCUGAUAAACUACUCUCACCAUGCCUGGGAAUUCAACCAUUGAAAUGGAUGAGGACACGUUGGCUUUCUUUAAAAACACCACAGCCAGCUAUUUGAUUUCCUCCAUAUACAUCAUUGUCACUGUGGUCAGCCUCACUAGCAACGGCAUGGCCCUUUGGCUGCUGCUAUUUCGCACCUCCCCCAAGACACCCACAAUCAUAUUCAUGAUCAACCUCACGCUCUCUGACCUGGCCAUGAGCACCGUCUUACCCUUCCAGAUCUACUAUCUAUUGGCAGGCUACAACUGGACAUUGGGCUCGUGGUCCUGCACCCUCCUCACUGUUGUCUUCUACGCAAACAUGUACUGCUCCAUCCUCACCAUGACGGCCAUCAGCAUUGAACGCUACCUCGGCAUUGUGAAACCCAUGAUCUUUAGGGAGAUCAGGGAGAAAACCUCGUACGCCGUGGUCUUGUGCUCGCUCAUGUGGGCUGUGGUUUUGGGUAUUCUAUACCCGCUGGAGAGGGCUGACCUCCUGUACGAGGUGAAGGAGCUCGACAUUAACACCUGCUUCGACGUGAUUCGCAUGGACCAGCUCCCGUCCAUAUUCCACUGGGCGGCGCUCUUUUCCGUCAUGUUCCUCUUCCUCUUCCUCAUCCCUCUCAUCGUCACGAUCUUCUGCUACGUCAGCAUCAUCUGCAAACUGGUCAAAGAUGAUUACAGCAGCCAGCAAAAAGGGAAAAUCAUCCGUCUCGCCAUCAUUGUGCUGUUUGUGUUUGUGGUGUGCUUCGCUCCCAACAACAUCUUGCUGAUUGUGCAUGCAGUCAGCAGGCUUUUUUACAAGAAGUCCUACUACAUGGCCUACAAGCUCUCACUUUCACUGAGCUGCAUCAACAGCUGCCUGGAUCCUUUCAUCUUCUAUUUUGCAUGUAAAGAGUUCCGCAGAAAGCUCAGGAAGAUGCUUAAUAUGACGACACUGAGCGGUGCGGACACUCACGUGCCGCUCAAUGAGGACCUGUACUCCAUGCGCUCACAGCCAGAGGAAGAGGUCCUUAGCUUUUCUCAAAAUGGUACUUAAAAUAUGACAGCGUUUAAAACAAUGACUGUUAAAAACCUGGUGUCGGGCCCUUUCUGUUACUUGGAAAUGAGGCCAAAAUUAGGCAAAUUGAGAGCCUUCAAAUUGUGCUUUUUGGAGCCAGAGCAUGGUUGGCUCAUACAGAACCAACCCAUACUGGGUUAAGUCUGCUCUGUGUUGUAGUUUCUUCUGAUUGCUCCACUUCUGAAAUGAGCUUACGAUGUCCAUGCUUUUUACGGUCAUUGGCCUGAAACAUAUAGUUUUUGUCAGAAAAGUUUUGUUCUGUUCCUGGAUUUGGAUUGGAGAACCACACCAAAGAUGAAAAAGAGCAUAGUAUGGAAAGGCAUUUUAAAAUGUGAAUUAAAUCCCUUUUGAAAUGUGAGUUUUACUGUGUACACUCUGCUGUAAGAAUGCAAUAUUUUGUAUGUAGCUGUCAUUUAGCAAUUAAGCAGUUUGUAUAAGGAGAAUAGUGGCAUAGGCAUUACAAUUCCACAGUGUUAAAUAUGGAUUCAUUCAUCUUCCUCAGUAGAAUUAAAGGUUCGUUGUGAUUACAAAAUCAAUAUCAUCAAAUUGCUUUAGCAACCAACCAGCAGUGAAGAAAUAAUUUAUUUCACGACAAAAAGAAAUGUUAUUUCCUGAGUCAUUUCCAUGGCAACAUAGCCUAUUCAGAAGGGCCAAAUAUGUCUCUGCAUUUGUAUGUUUGAAGAAUUAUUUAUUCAGUGUUGCUGUUUUUAAUUGUUUCUGUCAUUAUAUUGAAGUUGAAUGAAUGAAUGAAUGAAUGAAUGAAUGAAUAAAUGAAUUACUCAUCGGAGACACCUGUAUUUGCCAACGAGGUUGUUUAUUUGCUGUUUACAAACAAAUAAAUAAGCUAUGCACUUGGCAACACUUUUUUGGAAUAGCAAACUAAGAAUUGAAUGGACUAUUCUCCGUACUCUCAUUCUAAUGUGUUUUGAAGUACAAUGAUACCCAAGUACAAUGUUUUUUUUUACGAUUGGAACCCAAUUAAGGGGUCACGUUUUAAUACAUCUGUCACAAUACUACAUAUAUAUAUUUGUUUUAGCUCUGUAUGUAUCAAUUGUGUUUGGUUGUAUUCUUAGCUGCAUUGCACUCCUUUUCGAAGCAAGAUUGUUUAAUUGUUGAAUAAAAAUAAAUAAAAAAUAAAAAAUAA